GUGGUUUUUACUAUACAGCAAGCAUCCACUCAUUCGUCAAGGAAAAAAACACAACGGGAACAUAAAUGAGAGCCGCCAUUUACAGACUUCACCACUGAACCCAUAUCUGAAGUCAAGCUACCCUCGGCAAUACCGCCUGAUCAUAGAAUACUUGACAAAGUAUUGCUUUAUGUUACUUGGUGAAAUUUGAAGUUGGGAUCAAGCAUAGCUCUCAGGAAAAAAACGCAACGUGUAUUAGACCGUAUUAACACCACUCAUUCAAGUAAUGGCUGCCUCUUUGACUCGCAUUUCGUACUCAUCUGCCUUCACUUUCUCAGCAUCAAAAACCUCAGUUUUCUCUCCUUCUGUAUUCGCUUCCUCCAUCAAAGUCCCCACCUUUUCCUCUUUGACUGUCAAACCCCUCUGUUCCACCUUCGCCCCACAUGCAGCACAUGCGAUCAGUUUCACAACACAUGCCACCUCGACACCUGCUUCUGUUCUGGACACCUCAACAAAAACCUUCCAUGGCCUUUGUUAUGUGGUUGGGGAUAAUAUCGACACUGAUCAAAUAAUCCCUGCUGAAUACCUUACAUUGGUUCCCUCAAACCCGGCUGAGUAUGAGAAAUUGGGCUCUUACGCUCUUAUCGGCCUCCCUUCAUCAUAUGCUACUCGUUUUAUUGAACCGAAUGAGACUAAGACAAAAUACUCGAUCGUGAUCGGUGGUGCUAACUUUGGUUGCGGGUCCUCUCGCGAGCAUGCACCGGUUGCACUUGGGGCUGCAGGGGCAAAGGCAGUCGUGGCUGAAUCUUAUGCUAGGAUAUUUUUUAGGAAUUCUGUUGCAACCGGGGAAGUUUAUCCAUUAGAAUCAGAAGCAAGAAUAUGUGAGGAAUGCAAGACUGGGGAUGUGGUGACGAUCGAGUUGGGGGAGAGUCGUUUGAUCAACCAUUCCACCGGGAAAGAGUAUAAAUUGAAGUCCAUUGGGGAUGCAGGGCCAGUCAUUGAAGCUGGAGGAAUCUUUGCGUAUGCAAGAAAAACAGGAAUGAUUCCAUCUCAGUCAAACUAAACUCCAGUGGAGGAGCACUUGGUUCCGGCUUUUUCGACUUUUGUCAACUUCGAGGCUAGUGAUUAGGCACUCAGGAUCAAUUAUCAUCCUUUUCUUGUUUCUUCCUCUCUCUUGUAUCGUUGGCCAGCUUUUCGUGUUAUUAUAUGUAUCUGUUCUAAGCUGAACAUUUAGACUGUGGUUCACCCUAGCUUUAUGUACUCAUACUGGGGAUAAAUCUACAGGAUUUUGGAACACAUAAGUGUCCAUUGAUCUUUUGAUAAUUAUUAAAUGUUGUUAAAUGUUACAUAUAAGAA